AGUUUUUGGAUCGUUCUUCCAAAUAUUUCAUCAAUGUUGUUGUUACAAAAUUGCUUCGCGUUUCAACAACAUAACAUAUCGUUUUCAACGUUUUGAUGAAUGAGAAUGGGUUUCAGAAGGUUAUAGACUAGUAUAGUUUCUUAUUUUCUUGUGGAUUGAUUACUAAAAUCAGAAACAAGGUGGGUCCGAUUGUUGAUCCUCACGGAAUACCAGAAAAGAUAUAUAUAAUAAGUUUGGUCAAGUUUACGGCGUGAAUUACUGGAUUGUAACUUAUAAUUUAACACCAUGCUCUGUUAUCGUACGACCAACAGUCUAUCACACAAAACUCUCUUUAGAGCUUUCAAAAUCUGUUCAAAGCGAUGAACUUGACUUUGACCGAGCAGCCUGGCAUAGUCCUGUGAGAAACUUGUUAGCCAACGCAAAAUUUUUUUUAUUUUUGUGAGCCUGUUUGUUUCCAAAACCACUAACGUUUUUGUUGAAAUCAUUUCAAACUUAGAUCAUUUUAUAGAGAAGAAUAGAUUCAUUUUUCCAAUUUAGAACUUGCUGCCAAAGUGAAUGCCAUCUUUUCAUAUCCCAAACGUCGCACUUUUCUCUCAAUUUGUUUUGCUAUCUUUCACGAUAAAGAAAUUCUAAAAAUAAAAUUAACCUUAAGAUGUUCGUCGGACUUGCGAAUAUGACGUCAAAACUUGCAGAGCCAAAUAUAAACUGAGAACACUAAAAUAAAAUGCGCGAAUUUGUAUUAGUACCGUAAACGACUCGUUGAAAUGCUCGAUUUUCACUGUCAUAUUCCACCAAUCCCAACACACAAUCACAGAUCCUAACAAAGGAAGGAAGGAACUUGUAAUAAAAGAAUAAAAAAUAGAUUCUGAAACAACAGAACCAACCUUAUAUAGCAAUUCAAAAAUGCAUCCAUUACAAAACAAAUUACAAGUGUAUGUUUUAAGUAUUGUCAUUAUCAUGUCAAUUCAAAUAGUUUAUCUCUACUGCGAUCUACGUACUAAUACCAUCUUAUUUUGAGACAAUUAGUUCCAAGAAUAUCGGGCAACAUAUGUGUUUCUAAGUAAAUAUAAAUAAUAAAAAGCAAUUUUGUGGUAAUGAAUUCUGGAACGAAGCAAGGCUUAGGGAGAAAAUCAUGUGCACAUAAUAAACAUUAUCACCCAUGCAACUUUGUGUUUUUUUUUUCUUCUAAAAUUAUACACAUUGUAUUGAAAUGAUCACCAUUAUGUAACGAAGCAAAUACAAUUAGCACAACGUGUAAAUUCUUUCAUAUUUACACAUUUCUUAACAUCUAUAGUUGCUAUGCUUUAACUUUAACUAACAAUGAACUUACGCCAUAACAUUGUAGCCUUAGGCACACACGUCAAUUCCAGGAAAAUUUCCGACGUUCUAGAUGUCGAGCAAAAAUAUCGUCGUUUUAUCAUUUAUUUCUAACGUUUUUGGUGUCUGUACCAAAAAAUUGUUAAGUUAAAUAUUAGAUUUUCUUUGUUCCAAUUUUAAAAGUAACUUUUAUGCAAAUGAAAUCUAUUGGCGGACAAAUUAUCAUGCCAGAGGAACAAAAGAACAAUGAAUAUUGGAUGAAACGAAGGAAGAAUAACGAAGCGGCUCGAAGAUCCAGAGAAAAACGUAAAAUGAAUGAUGUUUUAUUAGAAAGACGAGUGAUGAUUUUAACUGAAGAAAACAAACAACUACGAGCACAAUUACUUGCGAUUAAAAUGAAAUACGGAGAAUUAAACGACCUGUGCGUUCCGUUAUCAAGUUCCGUUGCACUGACGAACGAUUUCUAUGACAAUGUUAAAUACGAUGUCGAUUCAUCAGAAAAUUCAAUAGAUAUGCAAUCUUUGAUGUCACAAACAAAAGAUUUAUCUGAAUCAAGAUCGGGACCUCGACUGUUUACUUCAAAAGUUUUCACGAACGCAUCUGGAGAUACGAGCGCGACUGUUCACGUUAAUAAACUGUCAGGUAAUCCAAAAAUUCACGGCAACAAAUUUGUUUUCGCUGAUUUUUCGACAAUUUCGGAGAAUUCGCAAUCAGAGGAUCGUGCUAACCUCGGGCUAGACAUCGACAAGUGUGGGCGAGCAACCAUUUCGAAUUUCUCAGAAAGAGCUUUGAGAGAGUCCGCAAUUAGUAAACAGGCAAUAUCGAUGCCAUCAUCAAAGCUGAAUGGCGACGAAAGAAUUCAGCAAGCUACAGACUACAUUAUCCCAAACUCGUUUAAAAAAUCUGAAAGAUUAUCGUCAAUUCUGCACGGAGAAGCUGAUAAAAGAGAAGAGGAAGCGGCUUUGCUGCUGGCAGGCAAAUUCAACUACGACAUAUUGAAAACCGUUAAUAUUAAUCAUCAAGUUCCUUUAGCAGAUCUUUCUCUCCUAACGAAGGAAGCGAUGGGAAAAAUUGAAUAUUCAUACCACCAUGCCCGAAAUGAAAAAUUUGGUACAACAAACAUAAACUCAUCCCCAGUGCUAUCAGCUGAAAUCUUCUUAAAAAACCUUCGAUUAAACAAGUCAGAUUCGCCUAUCAAUAACCACGAUAUCACAAAUAAAACGAAUUCCACCCAGCAACAUGAAGCGCCUUCUAUCACAGUAAACAAUGUAUUGCAUAUUAGUGACAAAGUUCCAUCGCCAAUCAACAAUGAAACACCGGAGACAAUAACCCCGUCAUCUGCGCCUUUUACUGUUAAAAGGCAUCUUUUAAAUGAAGUCAUGGCAACCAACGAAGAACCUGACACAAAGAAGCAUGUGUGUGAUGCCAUCCCUGAUGACACCCACAAAAAAUCGUCAGUUCAACUUCCUCACAAACUUCGUCUUAAAAAAUCUACUAACUUUGAUACAUCGCAAUUAUGUUCCGUUUCUGCAGCAUAUUCUUGAAUCAAAUAUAUUAUUACCUAAUAAAUUCAAAAUGC